GACAGCCGCUUAACAUGACCUUCACUCAACUCAAAGACCUGAUGUAUGUGUCCGAUAAGCCCAACUAUCCUUUGAUCCAGACUCUGCUGGAUUCUCUGCACCGUGAACUUCGGCUACUUGCGGAUCCUCCUGAUGGCAGCAAAGAGCAUCCCGCCACCACCUGUCUGGAGCUCUGGUUCUGUCACCCUGAAUACAGCAGCGGAAUGUAUUACAUCGAUCCUAACCAAGGCAGUCCAGGCGACGCUCUGCUGGCCUACUGCAGCUUCUCUUCCACAUCAAAACAGACCUGCCUUCAUCCUCGAGAUUCUCAGCUGCCUGUGAAAGCUUGGCUGGAAGAAUUUUCUGAAGAAGGAUCCUUUGAGUGGCUCAGCAGACUGGAGCGGGGGUUUCAGUUUUACUAUCCAGGUGCUAAUGUGGUCCAGAUGCGUUUCCUGAGGUUGCACAGUAGCACUGCCUUCCAGAAGGUGACCUAUUCCUGCCAUCCGGGACAUAGACUGGGCCGGGCAGAGAGAGAUGUCAAAUUCCUCACCGACACUAGGAAGCAGAGUUACCUCGGAGCACUUAAAGACUGUGUGCCUGGAGAGGAGACGGUUUCUGGACCUCAGGAAUCCGUGUUUGAGUUUGAGGAUCUACAGCUGCUUCCUCUGAGAGACAUAGCGUUAACGGGAGGCGGAAGCCACACACACCAGUUUGGCUUUACUGUCGGACCUGCAUGUUUCAGCUAGAGGUGCUAAAAAACUGUGCCGUCCCAAAGAACUCCCAGGUCCAGGACACAAACCUCUGUUCAAAACAUGGAUGCCAAGAUGACAGCUGGAAUAUAUCCUACAAUUUUUGAGGACGUCGUCCUCCUUCCUCUAGUUUUGGAAGAUUUGAUCUCCUAAGUUGAGUGACUCUGUAUUAAUGAAUUUCUGAGGGCACAAGAAUCACAGGCCUUUUUUUAAUAAAAAAGUCAAUUUUGUUUACAGAGACAUUUAUCUUAUAAU